CGUCGUUACACAUCGCUCGUUUCACAGUUGCAUAUAGCGACAACGCUCUCUUCACACACAGAUACACACACAUAUAUCUAGAUAUAAUGGCGACUCAACAAGAGAGACAAGAGCUGGACGAGAGGGCGAGGAAGGGAGAGACUGUCGUCCCCGGCGGCACCGGCGGCAAAAGCCUCGAAGCUCAGGAGCAUCUCGCCGAAGGGAGGAGCCGAGGAGGGCAGACGAGGAAGGAGCAGCUGGGAACGGAGGGGUACCAGGAGAUGGGACACAAAGGCGGCCUCAGCACGGGAGACAAGCCCCGUGAGGGCGAGGACGUCGAAAUCAGUCCCAAGACCUAACCCUUAAGUUGGAUCCACACUCGACGUGUAUGAAGCAUAUAUAUGUCUUCAUGAAUAAUGUCUUUAAUUACGUGGUUUGGGGUCUUUCCUUUGAAUGUUCUUGUCUUGUCUUCGUGUACUUAUAGUUGCCUUUAAGUCUUUCGUUUUGUAUUUCGCAACAUCCGAUGUAAUGUCUUAUGAACAAAUGAUCUUUCAAGAACGGAAGAUUCGAGUA